CCCUCCCGGCGCCCGAGGCGCUCUCCAGUGCUUCCAGCGCAGCCAUGGCUCAGCACUUCUCCCUGGCCGCCUGCGACGUGGUCGGCUUCGACCUGGACCACACUCUGUGUCGCUACAACCUGCCCGAGAGCGCCCUGCUCAUUUAUAAUAGCUUUGCUCAAUUCCUGGUCAAGGAGAAAGGGUAUGACAAGGAAUUGCUGACUGUGACUCCAGAGGAUUGGGAUUUCUGUUGCAAGGGCUUGGCAUUGGAUCUGGAAGAUGGGAAUUUCAUUAAACUUGCAGAUAAUGGCACUGUGCUCAGGGCAAGCCAUGGCACGAAGAUGAUGGCUCCCGAGGUGCUGGCAGAGGAGUAUGGCAGGAAGGAGUGGAAGCACUUCAUGUCCGAUGUGGGAAUGGCUUGCCGAUCAGGAAAAUACUAUUUUUAUGAUAACUACUUUGACCUGCCAGGAGCGCUUCUAUGUGCCAGAGUGGUGGACUCUCUAACAAAGCGGAACAAUGGUCAAAAAACAUUUGAUUUUUGGAAGGAUAUAGUUGCUGGUAUACAACACAAUUAUAAAAUGUCAGCUUUUAAGGAAAACUGUGGAAUAUAUUUUCCAGAAAUCAAGAGAGAUCCAGGAAGAUAUUUACACACUUGUCCUGAAUCUGUGAAAAAGUGGCUUCAGCAGCUAAAGAAUGCUGGGAAAAUUCUUUUGUUGAUUACAAGUUCUCACAGUGAUUACUGUCGACUUCUCUGUGAAUAUAUUCUUGGGAAUGAUUUCACAGAUCUUUUCGACAUUGUGAUUACAAAUGCAUUGAAGCCUGGUUUCUUCUCCCAUUCUCCAAGUCAGAGACCUUUCUGGACACUUGAAAAUGAUGAGGAACAGGAGGCACUGCCAUCUCUUGAUAAACCUGGCUGGUACUCUCAAGGGAACGCUGUCCACCUUUAUGAACUUCUGAAGAAAAUGACUGGCAAAAAUGAACCCAAGGUCGUUUACUUUGGUGACAGCAUGCACUCAGACAUUUUCCCAGCCCGUCAUUAUAGUAACUGGGAGACAGUCCUCAUUCUGGAAGAGCUCAGAGGGGAUAGAGAUGGGAAGCCUGAAGAAUCAGAGCCUCUAGAGAAGAAAGGAAAAUAUGAGGGUCAAAAGGCAAAGCCUCUAAAUACAUUAUCUAAAAAGUGGGGCUCUUUUUUUAUUGAUUCGGUUUCGGGACUGGAAAAUACAGAAGACUCAUUGUUUUAUACAUGGUCAUGUAAAAGAAUCAGUACUUACAGCACUAUUGCAAUUCCAAGUAUUGAAGCAAUAGCAGAAUUACCCCUGGACUACAAAUUUUCAAGAUUCUCUUCCAGCAAUUCAAAAACAGCUGGCUAUUAUCCAAACCCUCCAUUGAUCUUAUCAAAUAAUGAGACACUGACAACCAAAUAAACUGUCUUAACUGAAAAAGGAAGAACCAUAUAUGCAACAAGUGAAAUAUUACCUUUCAAAAAAUACUGUAAAAUGCUUUAUAGGAACAAAUUCUUAAUGAUAACUGACCAAGAAAUUGAUGUUUUUCCACAGGUCUCCUUUCUGUAUAGACCAUCUUGAUGCCCAACAAUUCUCAUUAGAUUAAAAUCACAGUAUCUUAUAACUGAAAAGAACCUUAAUAUUUUCUAUACGGAUAGUUCUGAGAUUAGGAUUCACCUAGGGAUUAGGAUUCAUCUGCGUAAUAUAUACACAUAUUCACACAAACACAUACAUAUUGACACACAUGCCUAGACCAGUGGCUCUCAAAGUGUAGUCCCCAAACCACUAGCACAGCAUCACCUGAGAAUCUGAUAGAAAUACAGAUUUGCAGGCCGCACACAAGGCCUGCAGAAUCAGAAGCUCGGGAAAUGCUACCCAGCAACCUGUGUUUUAAUAUUGGUUUAAUUGGUCUAGAAAUAUUGAGCAUUGACAUCUUUACCUGCCCCAGGAAAAAUGUAGCCAGAAUUGAGAAUAACUGAUCUAUAUCUGUUUGUUCCAUUUAUAACCAAAAACACUGAGUCGAGUAAGAACAAACUAUCCAAGCUAUAUAUCAGGUUUUAUGCUAUUCUUACAUUUCCAAAACAAGGAGCUAAAGAUUUCUUGUGAGACCACACAGGCAGUAUGGGUCAGAAAUGAGAUGAGAAGCAACUCUUUCAACCUCUAAUAUUACUUAUAAGGGUUCCUCCCCCAAUAAUGUUAAAGGCUAUAUAAUUAGUUCUUAUUCACUCUAAGGUAUACACUCUCAAUGGGACAAAAAUUGGUUCUUGGGGUGAAAAAAAAUUAGAUAAUGCAGUGAAUUGUGCUCCUCCAAAACUCAACCCUACCCAGUAAAUCUUAUUCUUUAGCAUUAAUUUCUCUCGUUAGGGAGAAAUAGAAUUUAAAGUUAAAUUUAUUAAUUAAAUUUAAUUUGGUUGAAUUUAAUUUCUCUCGGGGGGGGGGAGGGGAGAUACUAAUGAAAAAAAGAUUGAGAAAAACCCUUUAAGAGGUUUUAUAGUUAUACUACAACCCAGGAUUACUGUGUUCCGUGAGCUUUGUAUAGUCCUCUAAUAGUAGCUACUUGUAGCAAGAUGUCUGGAGCCAGAAGUUUACAGUAAAUUCCUGGCUACUGUUUUAUGUUGUAAUUUCACUCUCUCCAUGUCAGAAAACACAAUGGUCGCUAUCAUUAUUUUACCUGGAUUGUAGCAGAGAACUUAACAUAUUGAUGCAUGCAAUGAAAAGAUAAAUAUUUCAUUAAAUUUUUAAAUGCUCAAAUAAUCCCAAAUGUAUUACAAGAAUGAGUAUCUCAGGGUGGGUAAACAGUUACUGAAAUUUUUUCCUUAAUGUCAGUAGCUCUGUUUGAUAUCUACUAAUAAGUAUAUGGUAAUGUAUUUGAAAUUGAUUUCCAAAAAUCUUAUUGGAAUAUGGUAACAAACACAGAAUCAGCUUAGGGCUAAAUGAAAGAUACUGUCUCACGUAUGCAAAUAGAUAUUUAAUUUCUUUAAAAAUAAAGCUAUUUUUCCUUCUGUGAA